AUGAGAAGCCUUUCGUGGUGGAGGACACCUACCUGCUGUGCCCAGCACCUGUGCUGAGGGAGGUUGGCAUGGAAGCAGCUCUCCAAGUCAGCAUGAACGACGGGCUGAGCUUCAUCUCCAGCUCUGUCAUCAUCUCCAGCACGCACUGUUCCGACGGGACCAUCCUGGCCAUCGCCCUGCUGAUCCUCUUCCUCCUGCUGGCCCUGGCUCUGCUCUGGUGGUUCUGGCCCCUCUGCUGCACCGUGAUCAUCAAGGAGCCUCCCCCACCUCCCGCAGAAGACAGCGAGGUGAGUGACCCUGGCCCCUGCUCUCCUCGGUGUUCAGGACAACGUUUUGUUCAGAAAAGCUGAUUAAAUGACCUCAGAAAAGCUGCCCAGUUCUGUGGGCUCAGUGCCUCGGUGAGCAGGUAGGAAAGGACAGCUCAGACAAUCCCUCCUGGCUGGGUCAGAGCAGCCAGGCUGUGAUCACACCAGGCAGCCCUUAACCUGUGUUUAACUCUGAGUUAGUGCAGCCUAAACUCGUGCUUAGCUGCCUUCCUGGUAAUGGUUUUGGUGGUGGGGAUUUCAGCCUCUCCUGGCAGAAGCUGCCCAUGCUGGAGCACAGCUGCUGUGGGAAAAGGGAGCUCCUGAGCCCCGCCGUGC